GUAGCUUUUCACUUUGCAAGCUGCUUGUUGUGCUUCUCCUUCAUUUUCUCGAUUUCUUCUUUGACUGGCUAGUCGUCGCUGCUGCUCUUGCUCCUGCAUGAGUAGCGCCGUGUCGUGCCGCUCCGUCUUGCUGCCGGCGACGGCGCCGAUCCAGUUGGUCGCGUUGAUCCCGCCGCCGCCACCGUCGCUGGCGGCGCAUCUAAACCAUGAUUCGCUGCCUUCCCCUAGAUCCGGAGUUACAGCGUCACAACUCGAGCCGGCGGUUUUGCAAUUCGCUUCCCUUUCGCCUUUCCCGCCAAGCGAAUGUUAUCCAGGAGCACUACUUCGCAGACGCUAUUACGACCAAUCGAGAACCGUUUGCCUCACUCGUUCGUUCGCUCACUCGCUCGUUCGUUGUGCCGCGCGGUUAAGCUUGCAGUCUGUCUGUCAGUCUGUCAGUCAGUCAGUCAGUCAGUCAGUCUGUCUUGGACGAAACUGCUGGGUACGACCGCUGCCACUUGGCUAUCUAUCUAUCCGUCUAUCGGGCGGUGAGGUUGCCUUGGGCCUCCUCAUGGGCCGCGAGGAUAGAUGCGAGCCUGAACUCGGACUCGGUCGGCUCCCGCAUGCCGCAGCGAGAGGCCAAGUGUGUUCCUGAUAAGGGGGAGAUAUGCGGCAUAACUGUUUGCGCGGCGGAUCUUGUCUGCUGCGACCCGUCUUGUAUCUGCACGACAGUCGGGUACCGCGGCAGCCAUGAUGGUAUAUCGGCGACGGGAGGUCUGCUGGAGCCGCCCCAGGAUUCGCUUUUGAGAUUUUUGGCGCCUUUUGCCUUUCCAUCGCCCGUUGCCUUGCCAUUACCACAAGAGCCAGCGGCAGCUGCGCUCGGGCCGUGCAGUAUCGUA